AUGGUAUCAGAGCAGUGCUCAUUCUGGUAGGAUCAGAUACUUCUCGUUCUUGUUUCUUGAAUCUUGUUUUUCUUGUUCUGUGUUGGAGCAACACCAAGGAAGAAAGAAACCUUCUACAAGUAGUGAACUGAGGCAUUCUGAAAGUUACAAAGGGAAAAGACUUUCAUAAUGCAUUCAAGGGAAGGCUCUUCGUCAUCCAUGGAAUUUGUAUCAUCUCCAGUGAUGAUUGGAGAAAGGGAGAGACUAUAUCAUACUCUCCCAAAUAUCUCAGAGAAACUUAGAUUCAAUGGGAUAAAUCUUCAUCAAUGGAAGCAGUUUAUUGAUCUGACACUUCUUAGAAGAGGCUUAACAGAUUACCUUAUAGAAGAAUCAUUGAAGCAAACAGAUCGAAAAUAUAAAGGAUGA